AUGAAGUUUUCUCCUUUUCCCAUUUCCUUCCUUGUUGCCUUGCUAAUUGCCUUCUGCUUCCUCCAAGCCUCGUCAACAACGCUUCCCAAACAUCACAAAAAUGAAGAACACGACAUGCACAGUGGGCUUCAUCGACCAUUUUCACGCUCCCUUCUCUCUCUUCCACCGAAGGUUGCAACUACGGCACUGGUUGUGACCCUAGAUGGGACUAUGUAUUUGUUGGACAAAUCUCCUGGUUCCAUGAAGGUGAUAUGGUCAUUCUCGACAGGAUCGCCCAUCUAUCAAUCGUAUAGAGCUCCAAUGAAAAAGGAUAAUGGUAAAGAAAAUGCAUCUGCAGCACUAAUGAGUGGGUUCAUGGAAUGUGGGGAUGACUGGUCAUUGUACAUGCACGACAGACACUUUGGUAAAAUGAGAAUCUCAGAAUCCAUUGCAGAAUAUGUAGCUCGGACACCCACCUUUUCAGAUGAUGGAGCAGUGACACUUGGAUCCAAAAGAAGCACUUUGUUUGAAGUUGAUGCUAAAACUGGAUCAAUCAUUCAAAUCCAUGCUAUUUCUGAUUUUUUUAAUGCUUCUGCACCAAUGAGUGAUGGGAGGCAAAGUGUUACGAAUAACCUCAACAUAAAGAAUGGGGAUCUUGCUGAUCCUGUGAAACUAAAUUCACCACAGCUGCUGCUUAAGAUUUUUAGGACAGAUUAUUCUCUUCAAUCUGUUGGUCCUAGCUCAGGAAUAGUUUUGUGGACAAUGGCAGUAGCUGAAUUUGAGGCUUUAUUAUUAUGCCAGCAUCCCUCUUCUGAUGUAGAGGAUGAGUAUACUCCUGAGAGUGGCCUCAAUUUUACAAUGCCAUACCCAUGUCAAGAUAUACGACAAGUCUUUCGCCUGAAAAAGAAUUUGCUAUUUGAACCUUUACUAACUGAAAGAUUACUUUGGGAUUAUCAUGAAAAUGAUAUGCUCUCAAUACCCUACUCAACUCUAAUGCUUCCUUUGCAGUCAAAUAUUGAUGGAUUAUUCAAUGGUGAUGAUGAUAAUAUGAUGCUCCAUCAACCUCUCACAGAGAUCACUACACCAAGGGAAGUUUAUCUGAACAGGACAAGUGAAUGGCCAACUCCAUUACCUCUUGUAUUGUUUACCAUCUUUCUUUUGGCAUUUUCACUCAUCUAUCCUCUAGUGAUUAGGGAUCAAGAUACACUGAAGGACCAAAAUAGCAAGUCUGAACUAGAAAGUUCACCUGCUAAGAAAAAGAAAACACGUAAAUUUGGAAGGAAAAAUGGCACUAUUGAUAAAAGAGAUAAUCACCUGUCUUCAGAGAAUGAGAAUGUUCUGAUGCGGAAGGAUAAUGGUGGAGAAGUAUGGAAGCACUUUAAUCAUGCAAAUGAAAAUGUUGAUGGACGAAGGAUUGGUAAAUUAUUUGUUUCAAACGAAGAGAUUGCUAAGGGAAGCAAUGGUACUGUUGUGCUUGAGGGAAUAUAUGAAGGUCGAGCAGUUGCUAUUAAACGUCUUGUUAAGGCUCAUCAUGACAUAGCUUAUAAAGAAAUCCAAAACCUCAUCGUGUCUGAUUGUCAUCCAAAUAUUGUCCGAUGGCAUGGUGUGGAGUAUGAUAACGAUUUUGUUUAUCUUGCUUUGCAACGCUGUACAUGCAAUUUAAAUGAUUUGAUUCAAAUUUAUUCAGAUAUAUCAGUAAACCCCACCUUUAGGAAGGACCAAGGUAUUGGAUGUUUGAUUAAGUCUCAAAUAGAGAUGGGGAAUGAUAGUACAGAGUUUCUUUGGAAGGUAAACGGCUAUCCAUCUCCUCUAUUACUAAAACUGAUGAGAUCUAUGAUAGGCUUUGGUAGUUUGGAUUUUGGCCAAGAGACCAUUGCUGCAACUAAGGAUAGAAAACUACAAAAGAAAAUGGUAGAUAAUGAAUGUGGGGACAUUGUUUCCGGGGUCAUUCAUUUGCAUGAAUUGGGUAUAAUACAUCGAGAUUUGAAACCACAAAAUGUUCUAAUAAUCAAAGAAAGAUCCUUAUGUGCAAAACUUUCUGAUAUGGGGAUUAGCAAAUGCCUUCUUGAAAAUAUGUCUUCUUUGGGUAAUAAUGCUACUGGUGCUUGUGUUGCAUAUUGUUUCUCCAACAUCUUUGCAUCCUCGGAUAGGGGAAUGCCUUUUUGUGUUACGUUGUCUCUGGUUGGAGGUGGUCUUUUUAUGGUAGUCAAGAGGUGCUUUUCACCUCUUAAAGUUGAAGGCACUUGGGGAGGCUAUCUAGGGGUUACUAAAUUGAAGGUUAGGUUUACUUGCUUAAUUGCAGGUGGUGGUAGUUCAGGUUGGCAAGCACCAGAACAGCUUGUUCAAGGACGUCAAACACGGGCAGUAGAUAUAUUUAGUUUAGGUUGUGUCCUCUUUUUUUGCAUUACCGGGGGAAGACAUCCAUUUGGAGAACGUAUUGAACGGGAUAUCAAUAUUUUGAAAAAUCAAAUGGAUCUUUUCUUUGUGGAGUUCAUUCCUGAAGCCAAAGAUCUCAUCAGUCGAUUAUUAAACCCUUACGCUGAUCUAAGUUACGUUAAAAAAAUUGGGGGUGAAGGUGCUUUUGCUUGCAUGCACAUGCAUGACAAGGUUCAGUCAGUACAUAGGAAUUCUUAUCAUCAGGCAGUUAUAAUGAAGGAAUGGCCAAAGGCAACUGAAGUAUUGUACCAUCCUUUUUUCUGGAGUUCUGAGAUGCGACUUUCGUUUUUGCGUGACACCAGUGACAGGGUGGAGUUGGAAAAUAGAGAGACUAAUUCUGAUCUUUUGGUGACAUUAGAAAGCGUUGCCACAGUGGCCUUGGGUGGAAAAUGGGAUGAAAGGAUGGAACCAGCUUUCAUUGCUAAUAUCGGUCACUAUCGGCGGUAUAAUUUUAACAGUGUUCGAGACCUGUUGCGAGUUAUGAGAAACAAACUAAAUCAUUACAGAGAAUUGCCUCGAGGAAUUCAGAUGACAUACUGUGUGUUUGUGAUGAUUAAGAAGUGCCAUAGUGCUAGAUCUUAUGGGCCUGCCUUUGCCUUUACAUUUGUUCUUUACCUUGAUGUGCUUGACUAG